AUGCAGUACCAGGCGCCGGGCGCGGCUCCGGCGGCGGCCCUGGGCGUCGGCGUCCCGCUGUACGCGCCCACGCCGCUGCUGCAGCCCGCGCACCCCACGCCCUUCUACAUCGAGGACAUCCUGGGCCGCGGCCCCGCCGCCGCGCCGGCCCCCCACUCCCUGCCCGCCCCGCCGCCGCCGACGCUGCCGUCGCCCAACUCCUCCUUCACCAGCCUGGUGACCCCGUACCGGACCCCCGUCUACGAGCCGACCCCCAUCCACCCGGCCUUCUCCCAUCACCUCGCCGCCACCUACGGCACCGGCGCUUACGCCGGGCCCCUCUACUCCUUUCCCCGCUCCGUCGGCGACUAUACGCACGCACUGAUCCGCCAGGACCCCCUGGGAAAGCCGCUGCUGUGGAGCCCCUUCAUCCAGCGGCCGCUGCAUAAGAGGAAGGGUGGGCAGGUGCGCUUCUCCAACGAGCAGACCAUCGAGCUGGAGAAGAAGUUCGAGACGCAGAAAUAUCUCUCCCCGCCUGAGAGGAAGCGCCUAGCCAAGCUGCUGCAGCUCAGCGAGCGCCAGGUCAAAACGUGGUUCCAGAACCGCAGAGCCAAAUGGAGGCGCCUGAAGCAGGAGAACCCCCAGGCCACCAAAAAGGAGGAGGCGGAAGGAACCAGCGAUCACGGUGACCCACGACCAGAGGGCAGCCCCAGCCCCGCGGGAGGGGGUGAGGCCGAGCCGCAGGACAGCCCCUCGGCCGCCUCACAGGAGGACCCCGAGUCCGAUGUCUCUGACGACUCCGACCAGGAGGUGGACAUCGAGGGCGACAAAGGCUUCUACAGUGCCACACGCUGAUGUCCCGCAGGCACGGAGCCGAGCUCGGCUUGUGCUGUCCCGGGACUGCGGGACUGUGGGACUGUGGGACUGAGGAUUUUAUGAUGGGAGAGGACUUUCACCAUUCCGCUGAAAGACAAAGAAGCACAAACGGAUUCGUUCUGUAAUGAUCUGAGAAAGAAAAGAUGUAUGUUCUGCAAAA